AAACUUUUAAACGUCUGAUCAUUUGAGGACUGAUUUUCUAGUUAAUUAUUAAUAACAAUAAGUAAAAUGAAUUGUUGUCGACUCUGUGGUGAAGAAAAGCCAUUUUUCGAAUUCAAUGUGGAGCUUAGCGAUGAAUCAAAUUCAAAGUGUACAUUCAAAGAAUUGAUAGAAUAUCACACUCGUGUAAUAAUUGAUGAGAAUAAACUUUUACCACAAACAGUAUGUGAUGGAUGUCAACGCAAAAUUGAAGAUUUUGUACAAUUUUCAUCAAAUGUUCAGUUAACACAGACACAGUUAGCUGAAAGAAACAUCGAAAAUCCAAUUGAUAUUCCACCAAUAGAAUUCAUGGAAUGUUUUGUGAAACUUGAACGAUAUGAAUGUGAUAAUAUAGUUCAAGAUUUCGAAGUAGUUGAUAUUCCUAUGGCAGAUGAAUUUGAGUACAAAGAAAGUCCAAGAAGAAAAUCUCAAAAGAAAAUAAGACAAAAAAUCAAAAAAACUUCUAUUAAAAAGGAAUCCGAAUCUUCUAACACCCGAAUCUCCACCAGAUCUUCAACAAACUUAGGUUUUAAAGAAGCCAUCGAGAUUAAAAUAAAAAAGAGCAGUUCUGUUCAAAUAGAACCCAAACAGAAUUUAUUUGGCAGUGAAAUUGAUUCAUACGAAAAACUUUUCAAAGAUGAAAUCGAACGUAACUCAAGAUACAAUGUUUACUUGCAUUUGAAUAUUGAUGAAAUUUAUAAACUUCCUAAUGGAGAAAUUCAAGGAGAGAUUGCAGAGAAAUAUUUUCCUAUAAGAUGGAAAGAUAUUUUGAUGUGCUCGAUAUGCAAGAAAAGGUUUGAAAAUAUGGAAGAGCUUGAAGUUCACGGAAACAACGAUCAUGGAAAAGCGAACUGGAAAAUUGUGAGUGCAAAAGAUGAAAGUUUCAGUGGCAAGAUUGAUUGUGUUACGUUCUUAAAUCAAAUGAUAAUUUCUUUCUUCUACGAGGAUCUGAGAUUCUGUUGCGUUAUCUGUUCUAAAAUGUUUUUUGAUUGUUUGUCACUUGUCAACCAUUAUAAACGACAUGAAAAUGAAUACUCGAAUUUAAUAAUGUGCUAUAUUUGUGGACUUUAUACGAAGAAUUUAGAGCAAAUGAAAAAUCACAAAGCUCUUCACGCUGUCAAAGAAUGGUCAUCAAAUGGAGAAAUUUGUGAAAAGGUUCAUCAAAGAUAUCUCGGAGAUCCGACUAAAAAUAUGAUAAAUCCACAAGUGGCUGAACAUGAAAGACUUCCUGGAGGAACUGUCACUGAUGAGUGUCAGCAAAGACUUGCAGUAGAUUGGAGUUAUGGAAAUUUCCAAUGUAAGUUAUGUUGCAUUGAGUUUCAGAAUCCUCCUGAACUUUUUCUUCACUCUCGGAAACAACAUGGAGAAGGAUUUACAGGUGGUAGUUAUGGAUGCAAGAUAUGCGCAGAACAAAAGAAAUAUAUAAUUAAAAAUACGUUCAAUUAUAUUUUCACCUUUAUUUCUCAUUCUUUUGAGGAAAAUCAUCACGAAAGCAUAAAAUUUUCAUGUAUUCGUUGCAUGAAAGUUUUUUGGAACACUUUUGCUCUCUCAAAUCAUUACCGAAAUGUUCAUCCUAUGUUCACUGCUAUUUACUGUAACCAUUGCGGUAUUGUCGUCAGGGACUCUUCCCAAGCCAUGAAACAUUACAAGAAUAAAGAAGUUCUAAAUGAGGACGAAAAGAUUGAAAAGAAAAAGAAAAAGAGUGUUUACGUUUGUCACGUUUGUGCCAAAAAAUGUGAAUACGAAUCAAUACUUCUCAACCAUCUUCAAAUACAUGAACCAAAGAAAAUCAAAGAAGACAACUCAAGCGAAAUAUUUGCAUGUAACGUUUGCACCAUGACAUUUCCAGACAAGUAUAGAUUACAUUGUCACAAGCGAGUUCACCUGAAAUACGAGGAAAAACUUCUCCAUAAAUGUGAUAAGUGUGAUAAAAAAUAUGUUUCAAAAAGUAUGCUGAAAGAUCACAUUGCGGGAGUUCAUGAAAAUCGUAAAGAACAUCAAUGCUCUCAGUGUGAAGACCGCUUCAUUUUCAGAACUACAUUGAAAGCGCACAUAGAAAGACGACACAUUACGCAUCGGCGUUAUAAUUGCACAGUAGAAUCAUGUGAAGGAUCAUCUUAUAAAAAAUGGAGUACUUUGUAUUUUCAUUGUAAAAACAAACACAAUCUAGACAUCCGUUCAGAGGCUUACAAAAAGAGACACAAUAUAAAGAGUGUUUACGUUUGUCACGUUUGUGCCAAAAAAUGUGAAUACGAAUCAAUACUUCUCAACCAUCUUCAAAUACAUGAACCAAAGAAAAUCAAAGAAGACAACUCAAGCGAAAUAUUUGCAUGUAACGUUUGCACCAUGACAUUUCCAGACAAGUAUAGAUUACAUUGUCACAAGCGAGUUCACCUGAAAUACGAGGAAAAACUUCUCCAUAAAUGUGAUAAGUGUGAUAAAAAAUAUGUUUCAAAAAGUAUGCUGAAAGAUCACAUUGCGGGAGUUCAUGAAAAUCGUAAAGAACAUCAAUGCUCUCAAUGCAAAGAACGUUUCAUUUUCAAAACUUCACUAGAAAGUAAUUUCUCAACUGAUGAAUUCUUGCACAAUUAUCGAAAUUCGGCGACUUUAGAAACCUUCAGAGAUGAUCUCGGAAUUUAUUUGAAGAUUCUUCGUUCAUCUAUGAUCGAACUUAUCAAUGAAGACUAUGCCGAUUUCGUGAAUCUAUCAGCAAAUUUAGUGAAUCUGGAUAAACACAUAAACAAGAUCAGCGAUCCUCUUAAAGAGUUAAAAGAUGAAAUUGUCAGCGUUCGUACAUGUCUUGAAGACUGUAUGAGUGAAAUCAAUGAAUGUCUGAACGACAAACGACGUUUUCAACAAAUCAAGAAAANAUUCCUGCUACAGCAAAAUGAAAGAUGCGAAACUUUCUGCAUCAUUAAAAUCAAAAUAAAUUUCGUGGCAUUGGAAAUCUUCGAAAUGAACGAUCUUUUUAAAAGUAAUUCAUCGGAAGUAGAACUAUGCUUUGAUCAGAACGAGUUCCUGAAGAGUAAUUUCUCAACUGAUGAAUUCUUGCACAAUUAUCGAAAUUCGGCGACUUUAGAAACCUUCAGAGAUGAUCUCGGAAUUUAUUUGAAGAUUCUUCGUUCAUCUAUGAUCGAACUUAUCAAUGAAGACUAUGCCGAUUUCGUGAAUCUAUCAGCAAAUUUAGUGAAUCUGGAUAAACACAUAAACAAGAUCAGCGAUCCUCUUAAAGAGUUAAAAGAUGAAAUUGUCAGCGUUCGUACAUGUCUUGAAGACUGUAUGAGUGAAAUCAAUGAAUGUCUGAACGACAAACGACGUUUUCAACAAAUCAAGAAAAGCCUCAAAACAUUGAAAGUCGUCAGAUCGUCACUAGAAAAACUCACGAAACUUUUAGAGACUAUUGAAUCAAGUGACACAUCAAGUCGAUCAAUUCUACUUGAAAGAGCUGCUCUUGAACACAUUCAACUCCAAUUUAAUGUUAAAUAUUGUAAACAGUUUCUAGAAAGUGACGAGAAGAAGUUGAUUGAUGAGUUGGAAGUGAAAUUGUUAAAAGUUUUGGAAGAAUUCUUUCUGUCAACUUUAUCAACGACAACAUCAACAAAGACGAGCAAUUUGGAAGAUCUUGAAAGAUGUUUGAGGAUUUAUUACACAUUGGAUAAAUGUUCAUUAGCUGAAAGUAUUUUCCGAAAAGAAGUUUUGAGUUUCAUGGAGAAUGUAAUCAGUGAAAAAAGUCUUCAAAACAAUCCAAAUAAUCUCGCUGGCGUUUACAAUCAAAUUCUCGACUUUAUUUCAAUAAAAAUGAAGAAUUUGUUGAGUUUAACAAGGGGAAAAUCGAUUAAGAUUAAAGGUUACAAUUUUCUUUUCAAUAGUUUUUGGAGUGCGAUUGAAGAAAAAAUUGAAACAAAUUUGUCGUCAAUUUUUGCUCCUGGUGAUCCACAAAACUUCUUCCAAAAAUACAAAUGUACGAUUGAGUUCCUAAAACGAAUAGAAAUGAUCAUCGAUGAUCCACGAUUAAUAGAAGAAUUCCAUCAACAUGACCAGUACAUAAAGUUUCAAGGACGAUGGAAUUUGCCAGUUUACUUUCAGAUUCGUUUCCAAGAAAUUGCAACAAGUCUGGAAAAAGUCUGCGAAAUUGAUUGGAAGACUCUUCAACAAAUGUCAAGUGAAUCGAAUCAAAUGCAAGUGAAACCAUUUUUGGAAGCGAUCAAUUGUGUCGCUAAAUGUUGGAUGGAUGGCGUUUAUCUUGAUGAAAUCUUUCCAAAAUUCUUUAAAUUAACACUUCAAAUUAUCGCUCGCGUAAUUCAUUGGGCAGAUGACGUUUUGAAAGAUACUUCGAAUCAAACUGAAGAUCUUCAAGAUUUUUACACAAUUCUUCAUCGCGACAUUUCAACAUUCACUUUAAAACUUCUUCAAAUCGAAGAACUCGUCAUACAAAAGUGGUCAGAAAAUCAAAAAAUGAAGGAAAUCAUCGAUGAGAAUUCAAUUAAAAGCUGCUUCAAUGAACCAAGAGAAUCAUUAAAAGAACACCAAAAAAAGAUUGAAAAGCAAAUUGUUGAAAAGUUGAUGAUCACUUCUUUCAAAUCUAUUAAGAAUGUCCAAGACAUUCCAAGAUUAUUCCGUAAAACAAAUCGCGAUGUUCCUACAAAACACUUGCCAUAUGUCGAUCAGAUUGUUCGUCCAAUUGGAGAUUUCGUCGAUAAAAGUUCGAAGAAUUAUCACGGCGAUGUUGUAAGAAGUAUUCUUAAAGAAACAUUUAGUCAAUUAACAAUUCAAUAUUACAAAUCAGUUGAUGAAGUAUUAACAUCAGUUCAGAAGACUGAAGAAUCUUUGAGACGUUUAAAGAAUCUUCGUGAGAAAUCAUUACAAACGUCAACAUCCGGAGACAAGCCAAUCAUGACAGAUGAUGAUAAAAUUCGAUUGCAACUUCAAAUCGACAUUAUGUAUUACGUCAGUUACAUUGAAUCACAACAACUUAAACGAGAAGAUAUCGACAGUCUUCUAGCACUUGUCAAUCUCAUCGAUGACAUUACAAAAAUUAAAUUUUCUGCUACAUAAAAAUGGAAAAUUUUAUAAAAUAAAUUUAUUCGUCAUCUUCUUUAAUCAUUUGUUCAAUUAUUCGCUUCCGCUCUUCUGCUUGUCUCAUUUGUCGUAGAACUAAACUUUCGUAGUCGGUUGAAGUUACAGUUGUGCCUGAUUUUCGAUUUUUUGGUGCAUCGCCGAUCCAUGAAAGUUUCAAUGGAUUCUCAAGGAUUCCUUUUUCAUAAGCAAUCGCCAUUUCACCAGCAUCUUGUGUUUUAAACUCAACAACUCCACUUCCCUUUUUCUUACUCGAUACAAGAAGAACGACAAUGUCGCCGUAUUUGUUAAGGAAUUUCGUGAGGUUCUCGUGAUUGUAACCGCCAUUUAACGAAUCGUUUUUAUCAGUAGACCAUUUAAUUUUAAUUCUAUGUUUUGAAGAAUCCCAUGUUGUCGAAGAGGAACUGAACACAUGACGUUCUUUGUAGAUUUGUUGUCUUAGCAAUUCAUUCUCUUCUUCUAGGAAUUUUUUAUUUUCUCUCAUGAUUCGUUCAAGUUCAGUUUUGAAAAUUUCUUCAGGUGUUUGAGAUUUUCCACUAUAUCCGGUCUUUUUUCCAGCUGCCUCACGUUCCCUUGCUUCGAGAUCAGAUUUCAAUUUUUGACGUUUACUGUCAAGUUGUUGAUUUCGCAAUUCAUUCGCUUUUUUAGCUCGAAGCAUCCGAUCGUAAGCUGAUCUGGCAGAUACAUCAAUUAAAACAGCUAAAGCAUCCUGAAGUUGAUGAAAAAGUUCUGCAGCUUUUGGAUUAUCAGGAUUUUUAUCAGGAUGACAUUCAAGU